AUGGCACGCUGGCACCGCUUCAGGCAUCAUGCUGGUGGAGAUCCUGGCAGCCCUCGUAGUGGGGGCAAUCCUUUACAAUUUUCUGUUUAAAACAAAAGAUGACUCCUUGCCCAUGGGUGACGGCUGGUGGGGCGCUGGACCAAGACGAGAUGACGACAAUGAAGAAAUUCACCCCUUCAAGAUUGAAACGUCCGAUGAAGAAUUGACUGACUUAUUCCGCCGCAUCGAUGAGACCCGGUAUGCCGAGCCUCUGGAGGGCAGCCGCUUCAACUAUGGCUUCAACUCCAAGGAGCUUAGGAAAGUUGUGUCUUACUGGAAGGAACGCUUCAGCUGGAGGAAGCAGCUGGAAAUCCUCAACCAGUACCCACACUUUAAGACCAAAAUUGAAGGCCUCGAUAUCCAUUUUCUCCAUGCUAAGCCGAAAAACCUCCCCGCGGGCCGGAAGGCCAAACCUCUCAUUAUGGUUCACGGCUGGCCCGGAUCAUUCUAUGAAUUCUACAAGAUCAUCCCCCUCCUGACGGAUCCGGCCAGCCAUGGUCUCAGCGAUGAGCAUAUCUUUGAGGUCAUCUGUCCGUCCAUUCCUGGAUAUGGAUUCUCGGAAGCUUCUCACAAGCAAGGAUGUGACUCUGUCGCUGUCGCCCGGAUCUUUUACAAGCUGAUGCGGAGGUUGGGCUUCCGGGAGUUCUAUGCGCAGGGAGGAGACUGGGGAUCCAUGAUCUGCACAAUCCUGGCACAGCUCGCUCCCAGCAACGUCAAGGGUUUGCAUCUGAACAUGGUGGCGGUGUUAACCCCCAAGCUGCCGGUGCUACUCUCCAUAUUUUUCGGCCGGUGGUUCCCAGGAUGCUUCGGCUUCAAGGACGAGGAUGUGAGACGGAUGUUUCCAUUUAUGCAGAAAUAUUUCUUUCACACUAUGAAGGAGAGCGGCUACAUGCAUAUCCAGUCCACCAAGCCCGAUACUGCAGGAUGUGGCUUGAACAGCUCUCCCGUGGGACUCGCUGCUUAUAUUCUGGAGAAGUUCUCCACCUGGACAGACCCCAACUUCCGUGAUUAUGAAGAUGGCGGCCUGGAGAAAAAGUACACCUUGGAUGACCUUCUAACCAAUGUCAUGAUCUACUGGCUGACGGGCUCCAUCGUGUCCUCCAUGAGGUUCUACAAGGAAAACAUGAGCAAAUUUGGCACGGCCAAACAUGACAAGUAUGUAACCCGUACUGGGACUGGUGGUUUGUAG